AUGAUUCGGGCGUUCUCGUUCCCCUCCAGCCCCGAGCGCGGCCGGCUGCGCGGCUGGCUGGAAGGCACCCUGGCCGGCCUGUGCGAGCUGCAUCUGCUGCGGGAGCGCCAGGAGCGGCGCGUCAGGCAGGCGCUGCGUCUCGCCGCCGAGUCCCCGAGCAAGGCGGGCGAUGGCGAGGCCGGCGGCGGCGGCGAGGCGGCUCCGGAGGACCAGCUGGAUGCCCUCCCGGGCCUGAUGUGGGAGCUGGAACAGCAGCUGGGGCUCCUGCGCCUGUGCCCAGAGAAGCCCAGUGGGGAGGCCACGGAGACAGACAGCUGGCCCAGCUCAGGUUUCUACGAGGGGCCACAGUCGGCCAUCGCCUCCGACUCACCCGCGUCCUGCUUCGGGGACUCGUCGUUCAGCUUCCCGUCUGCCUCUGGGUCCUACUCCCGCAUCGGCCGUCCGGAGUCCGUCUUUGGCUACGCCAGCGAGCGCCCCAAGUCUGUCGGUGACAUGGCGACCUCCAACAAGGAGGGGGCCGCCCGCGGCACGGUGCCCCGCUCCUUCUCGGCCCCCUACUCCAGCGCGCAGGACUACCCCGCGGAGCCGCUGCCCCCCCGCUACCCGCCAGACCCCUUCCUGUACCCCAGCCCGCUGCACGCCGUGGCCCUGCAGAACCCGCUGCUCCAGAGCCACCUGUACGAGGACCCCACGUUCCCCUCGGCCGCCUCCCCGGGCCCGGCCUUCCCCGCCGAGCGCGACGCGGGCCUGGAGCCCUACGACGGCGACUUCCGGCUCUACUCAGAGGCGGCCGCGCACGGCCACAGGGUGGAGAGCUACAUCUCGCGCCUGCUGCGCCGCCGCAGCCAGCUGGUGAGAGGCAGCAAGCCCCGGACUAGCCUCGUCUCGGAGCCCCCCGCCAAGGGCGGCCUGGCCAGGCAGAACAGCCUCUGCAGGGGCCCCCCGGAGCUGCUCCCGCCCCAGGCGGAGCGCAAGCCCCCGCCGGCCAUGGAGCGGGGCAGCAGCACCCCCUCGCCCUGCGGCCACGAGGCCGGGGCCGCCGCCACGCGCAUCUGGUCCUCGUGGGACGCCGCGGCCGAGAGAACGCUGGCCGCCCGGGCCAUGGCCACGCCGCUGCCGGCCGAGGACCGCAGCCCGCCCCACUCCAGCCUCCAGAAGCCACCGAAGCUGCAGGCCCUGGCCCACGGGCGGCCGCCCUCGGUGAACCAGCAUGAGGCCGCCUUCCCUUCCUCCCCGCUGCUGGACGGGGGGGGCGUGGCCUCCCGGGGGAGCAGCCAGGAGCACGAGGAUGGCGCGUGCCUAAUGGUCAAGGCCCAGUACAUCCCGGCCCAGCAGCCCCCGCGGGCCCAGCAGGCGCACCGACCCGGCAAGAAGAAGCCCCCGCCCCUCACCAAGGGCCGCUCGGUGGAGCUCUCGCCCGAGCGGGUCCCGCUGCUCGCCAGGGAGCAGCCCCGGGUGCCGGCGCCCCCCAAGAAGUGCCGCUUCACCGAGGACGGGGGAGAGGCCGUGGGGAGGAAGGGCGCUGGGAAGAAGAGCUCCCCCCGGUCCCGGAAAGCUGCUCGGUCCCAAUCCGAGAACAGCCUCCUGAACAAGCCGGGAGUCAAAUACGGGACGGCCGAACGGGAGGAGCCAGCCCUGAAGCCAUCCCGGCCUCGGCGAUCUCACGGUAGCUCGGCCAGCGGGUACCGAAAGUGGCGCUCGACGGCCGAGAUCUGCCAAGACGAGCGGUCCCCGGGGGGUGCUGCCGAGCCCCGACGGGGCCAGCGAGGAGCAGGCCCCGUCGGGUACAGCUACGCCGGCAGCGACUCCGAAUGCUCAGGUGAACAAGCCCGCCAAGCACCCAUGUGCCGCCUGGAGGAGGGCCUGGUCUACGGCGACAGUGAGUCCAGCCUGAGUGACGGGGACUCGCCCACCGCCUACAGCAGCGGGGCGUCCAGCGACACGGACGAGAGCGGCGGCCUGGUGUGGCCGCAGCAGCUCUCCCCACAGCUCGUGUCGGCUUCUGGGCCUGGGAAGGCAGCCGGCGGGCAGCCUAAGGUCUUUGUCAAGAUCAAGGCCUCGCAUGCGCUGAAGAAGAAGAUCAUGCGCUUCCGCUCCGGCUCCCUCAAAGUCAUGACGACCGUGUGA